CGGUGUUUCUUCCGGUUCCGGUUACCGUUCCGUGGCCACAAGACUCCGGCGAGGCGUCGCGCGCUCCCCGCCAACCGAAGCUCCAGACGGUUCCGUUCAGCGCGAGGACGACAUGCACAUCAAGACAGGUCCGUGGGACGCCAGCAACUCAGCGUGUGACUCCGACGGUCUGUGCGACCCGGCGGUCCUGGUGGCGUCCGCCGCCUCUCAGCCUCACAUCCGCAACCGCCGCCUGUCCCCCGGGUCGGGCGGCGGCGGCGGCGGGGGCGGGGGCUGCCUGGGCGGGGGCGACCCGCAGCCCCAAGAGCCGCCCUACGUCCCAGCCCACGCCCACGCCCUGGCCCAGCGCCGCGAGAAGGAGCGGCGCGGCGGCCUGCAGAAGGGGCGCGGCCAGCGGCGGGAGGGCCUGCGUGCGGGGGCGGGCCGCGGGGAGCGGGCCCCCCAGCGGCCCCCCAAGGAGCGCUGGGUGGAGGAGAGCCUGGCGCUGCUGCGGCCCCCGCCCGCCUUCCCCGUGCAGGACAGUCCCGCCAAGCUGCUGCCCGCCGUCAGCUACGCCUCCAAGGUGAAGGCGGGGCCGGCGGCGGCGGACGAGGAGCCGGCCGCCAUCGGCGUGCUUUUGCAGAACCAGUGGGGCCUCAGCUUCAUCAGCGAGGCCCGGCCCGCCCCGGAGGGCCCCGGCCCUGCCUCCGAGGCCCCUGGCCCUGCCCCCGAAGCACAUACACCCGAGGCCCCCGUGGCCCCUGAGGCCCCCGGCCCCACGCGGGGCCCCGCCCCACCGCUGGCAGCGGACCAGAGCUGUGAACCUGCCCCCUCCGUUACCUCCUCCGCCGUCCCCGCCGUCCUCCUCGCCCGCCCCGGUCCAGAGGAGCAGAACCAGGCCAGAAGGCUGAUGCUGAACUACCCCCACCUGGUGGACGCCCUGGAGUACCACAGCCGAGAGUGGAGAUCCAUGUGCUCCAGACAGAAAGAUUCUAAGCGGGUCGUCUGGUACAAAGACACCGUGGAGCAGCCGGCCUAGCAGAGGGAGUCCGAACACACCCACAAGACGCACACGGAUACACAAACACACGUCUACACGGACACACGCAACACGGACACACAACACACGGACACACGCAACGCCCGACACACAAACAACACACGGACACACACACCACGGCCCCCCCAGAGACGGACCCUCAGGGUGCGUGUCGCUGCUGAAGCCACACUGAGACACUUUGGAAGAGCUGCUCUGAGAAACGACUGUUUUUAUAUAGCGACCGGCGCCUGCCUUAACCCACGAGCACCUGUCUUCAAACCCCCCACCCCAAGCCCCUCCCCCCGGGACGAGUCUGACCCUGUACUGGCAGAGCAGGAGCUGUCGAUCAAUCCUGAAUCUGCCCUUUUUCGUUGUUUUUUUAAAUGAGAGCUGUGGGCCCCUCCCCCCCCCCCCCCCCCUUCCCCAGCGCGGAGCUGUCAAUCAUGUCUCGUCUGUUUUUACGGGGGCUGCGGUACCCUCACCUGUAACGCGUGUGGUCAAUCAAGCACUUUGUUAAAACUGGCGUUGUGUUCACAACCCCCUCCUCGUUUAUCUCUGUCCAGAAGGGGCCGUCUGGCGACAGGCUAGGGGCUGACCCCCCCGUACCCCCUCUGAGCGGGACCCCUGACCCAGUCCGGAGGUCUCGCGCGUUGUCGAGUGUGUUGACAAUUAUUUGUUUUCCUUUUCUUUUUUUUUGUUUUAUGAAAAAUGAGUUCUAUCAAAAUGUAAUUUACACUGGAGGAGAAAUGUCAGUAGAACAGUAUUGCUUAAUAAAAUGAUUCAACUUGAUGUUUGAGGUUGUGAGUCUGAAUCUGACCAAUGGAACUAGAUUCACGAGCAGACUGUUGAAAAUAUAAAGUCUACUAGGAGACCAACUUUAUUACGGUAAGGAAAAAGGCAAAACGUUAACUAAAUGAACUCCAGAAGGUUGUCGCGACUCCCUCCUCCCUGCAGACAGGUGUGUAGUCCGGGUCCCGGGUGAUCUCAGUCCCUCCAGGUCACCGCCACCUCAUCCGUGCGGUACCUGCCCAGCAGAUGACAGAAGCGCCCCUCAGUACUUCUGUCUCUGCAGACGACCCUUGGACGUAGUUGAGCUUUAGAUUCUCGAUGUACAGUAAGUACAGUUUAUUCUAUUUCUAGAAAGUAGUUGCAAUCUUUAGCUCAAAUGUGAUUGAAGGCGUAGAUCAGGGGUCGGCAACCCUAGGCACGCGUGCCACCACUGGCACAAUGCGGCAGCAUAAUCAUUACUACCGAUUUUUUUUUUGCACUUUAUUCUGUUUUGGGCAUUUCCUCCCAGUGCAAAUAUGUUUAAAUUAGUUACAGAAAGCAGUGUUCUGAAAUGGGAUAAAUUAAUAGUUUUUAAACGUAAGUUGUGAGUAAUAGACAAGAAAAUAUUUAAAAUAUUGUUGCAAGUGGCCUGUAUGCAUCGCCUUCACAUGGUUUUGCAUAGCUGUACAGGUCUUAAAGAUAUUGAUGUGGAUGGUUUCAACAUUCUCAUAUAUUCUAUUUUUUUACAUUUUUCACAGGGCAAAUAUGUUUUUGAAUGAGUUUCUGAAAGUGGUGUUAUAAGAUGGGACAUGUGUAAUUAUAAUUUGUAAGACCAUGUUGCAAAUAUAACAACCAAAAAAACAUUUAAAAUGUUGAUGCAUGAUUGUGGGCUAUAUGAAAAUAGUACAAUUCCAUGUCUUCUGGAAAUGUUUUUGGUCGCUGCGUCAUAAUUCAGCUUCAUUUCUUAUAUAUUGUUGCUUAAGGCACACUCAUUAACGAGAAAAUGUCAAACUGGCACUGCAUGUUGAAAAGGUGGCUGACCCCUGCUGGAGAUGGCUGUCUGAUCGUGACAUCAUCGAGGGAUGAUGUCACGUGUGGGCGGGGCCUCGUACCUCUGGGUGAUCCAGGAGUCCUGGAGCUCCGUCACCUGACCCGAGCGGAACAUCUCCCAGCCGGCCUGAGCGAUCAUGGCUCCGUUAUCGAUGCAGAACCUGGAGGAACGACACCGUUAACGCCUGG